CUAGGGAAUGGAGUCGAUAAGCGCGCCGCUGGCUUCGGGACAGGACGCCAGCUCUCCGCCGCACUCUAAAAGGGACGUGUCUCCUUUCUCCGGCGGCGGCGCGUCGCUGAAACCCAACCAAGUGAGCGAGACGUCUCUGUACGGUGUGCCCAUCGUGUCUCUGGUCAUAGACGGUCAGGAGCGCCUGUGCCUAGCCCAGAUCUCCAACACUCUGCUGAAGAGCUACAGCUACAACGAAAUUCACAACCGGCGCGUCGCUCUCGGUAUAACGUGCGUGCAGUGCACACCGGUGCAGCUGGAGAUCCUGAGACGAGCCGGUGCCAUGCCCAUUUCCUCGCGCCGGUGCGGAAUGAUUACCAAACGGGAGGCAGAAAGGCUCUGCAAGUCGUUUCUGGGCACUCAUGCACCUCCAAAACUGCCCGAGAACUUCGCGUUUGACGUCUCGCAUGAAUGCGCGUGGGGCUGCAGAGGCAAUUUCAUCCCAGCCAGGUAUAACAGCUCACGAGCUAAGUGCAUCAAGUGCGCGUACUGCAGCAUGUACUUCUCCCCAAACAAGUUCAUAUUCCACUCCCACCGCACGCCUGAGUCCAAAUACACACAGCCAGACGCAGCGAAUUUUAAUUCCUGGAGGCGCCACCUGAAACUUGCAGACAAGCAAAUGCCCGAUGACAUCUCUCACGCGUGGGAGGACGUGAAGGCCAUGUUUAACGGGGGCAGCAGAAAAAGGACGAUGCCUGGAAGCGGGUGCGAUAUGUCGCCUCUCAAAACACAUGGCCCGGGCCAUGUCAGGCAAGCCGCUUCUCCAGAAAUCCCGCACAAAACCCUGCGCUGCGACAAUGAGCGCGCAAAUCUCGGCCUCACCAACGGCACGCGCAAUUACCCGGUUAUUCCAGUGCCCAGCAAAAGCUUUAGCAUGCUCCAGAAAAUCCCACCGCCCCUCUUCCCACAUCCGUACGGCUUCUCUCCGUUCGGAUUGUGUCAAAAGAAAGACGACAGCACAAACGAGCAAAGCAAGACCGGCGUACCGGGUGUGUUUUGGGCCGGGACUAAGGACAGUCUGUAUCCGUCAUUUCCAAUGUUCUGGCCCACGACGGGCGCUCUGCCUCUGCCACCGUAUCCGCACACACAGCAAAAGCCGCAUGAGCUCACCGCAAGCCGUCAGAGUGAGACAGAUGUUGCUGAACACGAGCGUCCAAGAAGCAGCACUCCCAGGGACAACGAACGAUGCUCGAGCUCACAGUCUCUCGAGGACAAAUCUGCCGACGAGCUGAGGUCGACUGAGGGUCACGCAACGUCUCCUCCACGGAAGUCUAACUACAUUUCUGCGUUUAGGCCCGUCGUUAAGGACGCAGAGAGUAUAGCCAAGCUCUACGGUAACCGAGACGCGUACCCGGGGCCGCAUGCGGGUCACCUGUCCCCGGACUUUGUCAGCGAGACUUCCAGCUACAGGUCUGCCUCACCGGAAGUUGACAGCGGGGGGGAACCGGAAGUGGACGUGGAGUCCAACCAGGAGACCCAUGACGAUGACGAAGAGUCCGUUCAGCUGUCUGUGGAGGACCGACAGAGUCCAUUCAGGCAAAUCGUGUCUCGAGGGGGACACGGAGAGGAAGUGAGGGAAAGCAGAGAGGAAGAGGAGGAUGAGGAAGAGGACAGACAUGAGGAAAUGGAUGAAGACAGGCUGAUUGACAGAGUGCCAAAGAGUAACGACACUCCAACAUAUGAUGUGUGUGCUGCUGAAAAGGACGCAGGGCUUUCACUAACCUCUCCUCCUGUUCCAGCACCAAAAUAUCCACCAAUCCAAGAAUCACACAAUUCACACAGAUUCAGUCAAUCUGCUGUGCUUGAGGAUGAUUGGGAAUCUCAGAAAUCCUGUCACGACCAAAUGAACGUUUCUAAAGAAGCUGAGAUUGAAGGUGCAUCCAGGACUGAUGGCAGGUUUCAUUUAAUUGAAAAAGAUAUCGAGCACAUGGCGAAAGAGGAACUCCAAAAACAGCUGGUGGAGCAAAUGGAGCUUAGGAAGAAAAUGGAACGGGAGUUUCAAAAUCUCAAAGAUAAUUUUCAGGACCAGAUGAAGAGGGAGCUCUCUUAUCGAGAGGAAAUGGUGCAGCAGCUGCAAAUAGUCAGAGACACUUUGUGCAACGAGUUGGAUCAAGAGAGAAAGGCUCGAUAUGCAAUUCAGCAGAAGCUUAAAGAAGCUCACGACGCUCUACACCACUUCUCCUGCAAGAUGCUCACUCCACGCCACUGCACAGGGACGUGCACUUUUAAACCACCUCUACUGCCACCUUAAUCAAAAUUCCCACACUGGAGGACCACGAUGGAUUCUACACACAUGAAAACCAAAAGACCUCUUCAAUAAAUUUAAAAGCACUGAACUUCCGAGGGCUGAAAAUGUGC